ACAGCCACGUGUGCGGAAGCGGCGGGCGGGCCGGGGGAGGCGGGAGCGGCGGUGGGGUCGGGCCGGGCCGGGGCUGCCGGAGCGGAGCGGAGAUGCCGUUGAAGGCGGUGAUCCUCAUCGGGGGCCCGCAGAAGGGGACCCGGUUCCGGCCGCUGUCCUUCGAGGUGCCCAAGCCGCUCUUCCCCGUGGCCGGUGUGCCCAUGGUGCAGCACCACAUCGAGGCCUGCGCCAAGGUGCCCGGCAUGAAGGAGAUCCUGCUGAUGGGCUUCUACCAGCCCCACGAGGCCCUCAGCCGCUUCCUGGUGUCAGCACAGCAGGAGUUCAAGAUCCCCAUCAGGUAUCUCCAGGAGUACGCGGCGCUGGGCACGGGUGGUGGCAUCUAUCACUUCCGAGACCAGAUCCUGUCGGGUGGUGCUGAGGCCUUCUUUGUCCUCAACGCGGACGUGUGCUCAGAGUUCCCCUUGCAGGAGAUGCUGGAGUUCCGGCAGCAACACGGGGAUGCGCACAGCUUUGUCAUUCUGGGUACCACAGCCAACAGGACGCAGGCGCUGAAUUACGGCUGUAUUGUGGCAAACACGGACACGCAGGAGGUCCAGCACUACGUGGAGAAGCCCAGCACGUUUGUCAGUGAGAUCAUUAACUGUGGCAUCUACCUGUUCACACCUGCCAUCUUCCAGCACAUUGGCGAGGUCUUCCAGAGGAACCAGCAGGAGCUAACGCUAGAGGAGAGCUCCAACGGCUGGCAGCGUGCAGAAGUGAUCCGGCUAGAGCAGGAUGUUUUCACGGCGUUGGCUGGGAGCGGCAAACUCUACGUCUACAAAACCGAUGGCUUCUGGAGCCAGAUCAAAUCAGCUGGCUCUGCUAUCUAUGCUAGCCGCCUUUACCUGAACCAGUAUAGCAAAAGCCACCCAGAGAGGCUGGCCCAGAACAAGCCUGGAGGCCCAGUCAUCCGAGGGAACGUGUACAUCCACCCAACGGCCUCCAUUGAUAGCACUGCGGUGCUGGGCCCCAACGUCUCCAUUGGGGAGGGGGUGGCAGUGGGAGCUGGUGUGCGCGUGCGUGAGUCCAUUGUCCUGCAUGGCGCCUCGCUCCACGACCACACCUGUGUUCUCAAUACCAUUGUGGGCUGGGACAGCACCAUUGGGCGCUGGGCCCGGGUUGAAGGAACGCCCAGUGACCCCAACCCCAACGAUCCCUAUGCCAAGAUUGACAGCGAGACCCUCUUCCGGGACGGACGCCUCACACCAUCCAUCACAAUCCUAGGCUGCAGUGUCACCAUCCCUGCCGAGGUCGUUAUUCUUAACUCCAUUGUCCUUCCUCACAAGGAGCUGAGCCGCAGCUACAAGAACCAGAUUAUCCUGUGAGUCAGCUGUGUGCUGGGUUGGGGGGGCCCAGUGCCAGCCCCCCACUCCCUGGUGUGCCCCACAGUAAGAGCCUGUGCUGGGACUUUACCUCCUGGGAGGUUCCCAGCACCCCCAGAGGGGUAGGUGCAGGUCAGGAGCCCUGCAAGUGCCUGAUUCCUACUCCAGACAGACAUUAAAGCCGGUGAGCAUCAGCUUUGUGUGCUGCUUCUCUUGCAGCCCAGGGACCAGCCCUGGGGCAGGGUGAAGGCUUCAGGGACAGCACGUGGCCCUGGCACCAGGCUGCAUGCCUCUGCAGAGAGUCCUGGGCUGAGGCUGUUGAAGGAGCACUUGCUGCCUGCAGCGUCUCGGGUCCUGAGCUGUGGACAUUUCUCCACCCAAGGGUACUACCAGCACAGUCUUGUCAUCCCUCACCAGGCUCUCCCUGCAGCGGUUGCUGUCUGCAGCUCCCUGGAAGGUCUUGGCCCCUCUCAGAGUCUGGGGAGCUUUGAAUGUGCCUGUCCUGCGUAGGCAGCUCACCCUGCAGGAGCUGGCUGUGAGGAUCCUGAUUUCAGCAGCGUGGUUGCAACAGCCUGAGCUGGGAAAACAGCAGCACCAGGCUGGCCUAAGGCACUGGCAUGCAAAGCCUGGGUUGGACAGGCACACUGCUGGCCCUGGAGGGAGCUGCCAAGAGCACCCCCUCCCCCAGCACCUCCUCCACUCCCCAAGGCUCGAUAUGAGCCAGGAGAGCUGCCAGCCCUGCCGAGCCUGCUCCUGUCAGGCUGACGCCUGUGCAGGCUGCCUAGGCAGGGCUCAGGGGGAUGGCAGCAGGCCCCUGCCACCCCGGUGGGCCAACAGCCUCUGCACCAGCAUGGGCAUAGCUUGGGGGGCUUGCUGCAUGUCUCCCCUUGCACCAGCCAUGUCCACAGGGCACCAGAGCAAUCAACUUACACGUGGGCAGGUGGCAGAGACCUACUGCCUUGCUCUGUCUCAAAAAACCCUGUUUUUAUUGAAGGCAGCUCCCUGCUGGUCCUGGCACAGUCUGUCUGCGGUAACCAACACUGCCCUUUGUCUACUUAGCUCCCUGUCUUUGGUUUUGGAGUUCUGUGCUAAAGCCCUGUGCUCCACCAAGGGCCCCAUCACACCCCUUGCCUUCAGUGAGGCACUGCUUUAGGGAUUCUCCAUCCAUCCAGUACCACCCCAGCUCGAUGGAUUUGCAGUAAAUCCUUGCUCCCAGCCCUGUGCCUUCCCGUGCCAGUUCUCCCGUAGUCCUGGGUGGGGGAUUAGCUGUUCCCUGGCUUUAAGCACAUUAAACUCCUUCAGUUUUGCCUCUG